CUCCCGUCAAUAAACUAUGCAGCUGCUUUCUGCGGUUUACUGCCUGCCCCCAUCACAUCCUUCCCUAUAUAAGCCCCGGCUCGCCCUUUUUCCUGCACUUCUGCCUUGUGUCUGAAUCCUCAUCGUCAGUCGAAGGACAAGCAGACAAAAUGCGUGAGUGUAUUUCUAUGCAUGUCGGCCAAGCCGGAGCCCAGAUGGGCAAUGCAUGUUGGGAGCUGUACUGUCUCGAGCAUGGGAUUCAGCCAGAUGGUCAGAUGCCUUCAGACAAGACUCUUGGGGGAGGGGAUGACUCCUUCAACACCUUCUUCAGUGAAACGGGGGCAGGGAAGCACGUUCCCAGAGCUAUCUUUGUUGACCUGGAACCUACUGUCAUUGAUGAGGUGCGUACAGGAACAUACCGUCAGCUUUUUCAUCCCGAGCAGCUGAUUACUGGAAAGGAAGAUGCUGCUAACAACUAUGCUCGUGGUCACUACACCAUUGGCAAGGAGAUCAUCGAUCUUGUUCUAGAUCGGACACGUAAACUGGCUGAUCAGUGCACUGGCCUGCAAGGAUUCCUCAUCUUCCACUCUUUUGGUGGAGGAACUGGCUCUGGUUUCACCUCCCUUUUGAUGGAAAGACUUUCUGUUGACUAUGGGAAAAAAUCCAAACUUGAAUUUGCUGUCUACCCAGCCCCCCAGGUUUCCACUGCAGUAGUAGAGCCUUACAACUCCAUCCUGACCACCCACACCACCCUGGAGCACUCUGACUGUGCUUUCAUGGUGGACAAUGAAGCCAUCUAUGAUAUCUGCCGCAGAAAUCUCGACAUUGAGAGACCAACCUACACCAACCUGAACAGGCUAAUUGGCCAGAUUGUGUCUUCAAUCACAGCAUCCCUUCGCUUUGAUGGAGCUCUGAAUGUUGACCUGACAGAGUUCCAGACCAACUUGGUGCCUUAUCCUCGCAUCCACUUCCCUCUGGCUACCUAUGCUCCGGUUAUCUCUGCUGAGAAAGCCUACCACGAGCAGCUAUCUGUGGCUGAUAUAACCAAUGCCUGCUUUGAACCAGCUAAUCAGAUGGUGAAGUGUGACCCACGUCAUGGUAAAUACAUGGCAUGCUGUUUGCUUUAUCGUGGUGAUGUUGUGCCCAAAGAUGUCAACUCUGCCAUCGCUGCAAUAAAAACCAAACGCACCAUCCAGUUUGUGGACUGGUGCCCCACAGGCUUUAAGGUUGGCAUCAACUACCAGCCACCUACUGUGGUUCCUGGAGGAGACCUGGCUAAGGUGCAGAGAGCUGUGUGCAUGCUGAGCAACACCACAGCAAUCGCUGAAGCCUGGGCACGACUAGACCAUAAGUUUGAUCUCAUGUAUGCCAAGAGAGCCUUUGUCCACUGGUAUGUUGGAGAAGGAAUGGAGGAAGGAGAGUUCUCUGAGGCCAGAGAAGACAUGGCUGCUUUGGAAAAGGAUUAUGAAGAAGUUGGCACCGACAGCCUGGGAGAAGAGGAUGAAGAGGGAGAGGAAUACUAAGGGGGGCCAAGACCGCCAAACAUUCCAAACCUUGUUCUGAAUGCAACAUUCCCUGCAGCAUUCAUAAAUUCUGAUAUGGUGAUUUGGCACUAUUAUCAAUAAAAGUUCAAAUUAA